CUACAAGACAUGCUCUGUCUCGGAGUAAAGAUUUUUAAUUUUGCCACCCUUCUCUCUCUCUCUCUCUCCACCCUUGUUACUAUUCUUUUUACUCCAUGUCACAUUCAUUCCUGCUGGAGUUGACUGGGUUACAGCAAAGUAUUGCUGACAAUGCAACCCUUGCUGGUGCUUAUGGCGAAGAUGGCGGUGGCCAUGCUCAACCGCAACUCGAUUGGAAGAAUGUCGCAGUUGCUUCGGGCUUCAUUCUGGUCAACGGCAUCAUGUCGGUCGUGCUUGGUUUAAAGCUGGAAAAAUCACUUAUCAUUGCAUCGAUCCGAUGUCUUGUACAGCUUACGAUCAUGGGCUUCAUCCUUGAAGAUGUCUUCAAGGCUCGACAUCCUGCCAUCAUUAUGCUAAUGACAUGUGUGCUGAUCUUGCUCGGUACUUACGAAACUGUAUAUAACAAGUCCAAACAAAGUUUCCGCGGCAUGUUUCUGGCAGUACUACUAUCAACCGGCUUUUCAACACUUUUAAUUGGCAUUAUCGGCAGCAGAUUCGCAAUGGAACAACAUCCAUUUUGGAUGCCUGAGACCUUCAUUCCUACGAUGGGCAUGCUAUUGGGCAACAUGAUGAGCGGCAUGGCUGUCGCAUUAAGCAGCUGUCUAUCCAGUGUCGGCACUCGCAAGGAACACAUUGAAACGUAUCUAGCAUUUGGUGCUUCGCGAUGGGAGGCUGGCCAAUCGAUCGCUAUUGAGGCCGUUCGCCUGGCUAUGUUGCCGACGAUUAAUCAAAUGUCUGUGAUUGGUCUCAUUUCGAUCCCAGGCAUGAUGACAGGUCAGAUUUUGGGAGGUGCGCCGGUCAUGAAUGCCGUGAGAUACCAGCAAAUCAUCAUGUUCUUGAUCUCUGCCAGUACCGCCCUGGGUGUCCUGAGCGCUGUCGUCGCUUGUAUUCGUGUCAUGAUUGAUAGUCGUCAUCGGUUGCGUCCAGAACGUAUCAUUAACGGUAAAGCAAGCGUGUUUCGUGAUGUCGCUGAUCUCAUUGUGUACGCUUGGAAGUUCUUUGUCUACCUCUUGUGCUGCUGUGGUCGACGGAAUAGAAAGAACAAGAAACAGCGUCGUGCUUCUUAUCAAGAAGGCGAAGACGAUACUGAUCACGAAGAUGCUCGACGACCUUUGCUUAAUAAUUAACCAUUUCGUUAUAUCUUAUUCACCACUACCGUGCUGAAGCCAUAUUGUCAUAGAUUCCCAAUCCAACCCAUCUACAGCACGCCUUCACCAGUUCACACUCGCUAUCUGCUUUUCCUCAUCUCCAGCUCUCUUCUUUCUUGUCUUUUUACUAUUCAUAUAUCAUUUGCAAUCUUACUCGAUACGCUUCAUAUCUUCCAUCCUAUCUUUUACUGUUACUGCUAUUAUUUAUGAAGGAAAAAGUCUUUUGCUGUUUCUUGAUACAAUUUCAACG